UCGUGCGUAUUCGUCUUCAAAUUCACCAAUCUAUCAGGAUGAUACUGCGAAAGGCUUUCUAUUCGAGGAUCUACACCUCUGACGGAUUUGAUUUCCACCCUCUAUUUCAGCAGCACAUGGAUAUGUAUUCUUUAUUACUAGGUGAAACUGAAAAGCCAAGGGAACUAGGCAUCUGAUUCAUCGCACCUGGGAAGGGUCGAGCACAAGAAUGGGAACUAUUUCUGCAAAGAACGCCCAAGCAAAAGUAAAGCCAUAGGUAACCAAAUUGCGCUGCGUAAAGGAAGUUAAAACAUCGUGUUUAUCAGCGCACCUGUGAGGAAAAGAACAUUACGGACCGUACAGUGCAUCCGUAUCGUCUGAUAUGCGAGCGAGCUAUCGCGGCAGUCCGCUGGUGGAGUUUGAACCCAUUGCGCGUUGAUGUUCUCAUUUCCCCGGGUGUAAUAUUGCUUAUUAUAGGUAACCCAUCCUAUCUACAUCAAAUUGACUUGAAACCAGAGAAAAAGGAGCAUCGUUCAGGAGACAGGUGGAUGGAGAUCCAAAAUCGGCAGAGCUGUCAGUCUUGGCUCUGAGCACCAGAUACUCUCAUGUUCCUGGGCCGAUGCCUUCUGUCUUCGCUCCACGCCAGCCUGUCCACAUGUAGCAGCCCGAGCCUACAUCUAUCUUCAGCUUAGACGCCGCCAGUGGAGGCUUCAUGAGCAUCUCCAGCCAUUCUACGCUUGUCAGAUAGAGUUACAGAGAGUGAUGGAGCGGCUGAUCUUCUCCCUGCUAGUGCUGGCUGCGUCUGCGUCAGGGCAGCUGUGCCCCAAACGUUGCAUGUGCCAGAACCUGUCGCCAUCUUUAGCCAUCCUCUGUGCCAAGACAGGGCUGCUUUUUGUGCCAAUGGUCAUCGAUAGGCGUACGGUGGAGCUGCGCCUCACAGAGAACUUCAUCACGGCGGUGAGGAGGCGGGACUUCGCGAACAUGACCAGCCUCCUGCACCUGACGCUCUCCCGCAAUACCAUUAGCCAGAUCAUGCCUUACACUUUUGCUGACCUGAAGAAGCUGCGGGCUCUGCACCUGGACAGCAACCGCUUGAGCGUGGUCAGUGACGACCACUUUCGGGGUCUCACCAAUCUGAGGCACCUCAUUCUAGCCAACAAUCAACUGCACAACAUCUCGCUGCAUGCAUUCAACGACUUUUUGGGGACUCUAGAAGACUUGGAUCUUUCGUACAAUAACCUUGUGGACAUACCUUGGGAAACUAUAGGACGACUAACCAACGUGAACACUCUCAACAUGGACCAUAAUCUUAUAGAGCAUGUCCCACUAGGAGUCUUCUCCAACUUGCACAAACUAGCCCGUCUGGAUAUGACAUCCAAUAAACUAAAGAAAAUCCCCCCUGACCCUUUGUUUCUAAGGAUACCAGUUUAUGCCAAGUCAAAAGGAUCACCCCAUUCUUCCCUCGUCAUGAGUUUCGGAGGGAACCCCCUUCAUUGUAACUGCGAACUGCUUUGGUUGAGGAGGCUGACACGAGAGGAUGACCUAGAGACAUGCGCGUCUCCUGCCGAUCUCACAGCCAAGUAUUUCUGGACCAUCCCAGAGGAAGAGUUUAUCUGCGACCCUCCUGUGAUUACAAGGAAAUCUCCCAAAACCUAUGCCAUGGAAGGCCAGCCCACCAGCCUAAAAUGCAAAGCCAAUGGGGACCCAGACCCCGACGUACACUGGAUCUCUCCGGAGGGUCGUCUAAUCUCGAACACCUCUCGUACUUUGAGCUUUAGCAAUGGGAGUUUAGAGAUCAAUAUCACCUCCCUCAAGGACACGGGAGUCUUCACCUGCAUUGCAUCUAAUGCCGCAGGGGAGUCCACGGGAACGGUGGAACUUGUGGUCAAUCCACUUCCUCAGUUAGCUAACAGCACUAACCGUAUUCGAGAACCUGAUCCAGGGCCAUCUGAUAUUCUAACCUCUGCUAAGUCGACUUCAUCCGCUUACAAUGAGACCAGGACUCAAGAGAGGAGGGUGGUACUUGCUGAGCUCACAGCAAAUUCGGUUCUCAUCAGGUGGCCUCCACAACAACAUGUUCCUGGAAUCAGGAUGUAUCAGAUUCAGUACAACAGUUCAUCAGAUGACACCUUGGUAUACAGAAUGAUUCCCUCCACGAGUUACGACUUCAUGGUGCGAGAUCUGGUUUCAGGGCGGGAGUACGACCUGUGCGUCUUAGCGGUCUACGACGAUGGCAUGACCUCGCUUACAACCACUCGGCAGGUGGGCUGUGUCACGUUUGUCACAGAGACGGAAUACAGCCAGUGCCAGUCACUCCGAAGUCACUUUCUGGGCGGAACCAUGAUCAUCAUCAUCGGAGGAAUCAUCGUGGCCUCCGUCCUUGUGUUCAUCAUCAUACUCAUGAUCCGAUAUAAAGUCUACAGCAAUCAAGGAGGUGACCCCGGGAAGGGAACCGCUAUGACCAAUGUGCGAUCGCAGACCAACGGGGGGCAAGCGUCGGGGCAGGUCCCACGCUCCAGUUCAAAAAUCGUGGAGGGCCAGGACUCCACGGGAGCGGGUUCGGCUGGGGCCGCUGCCAGUUUGAAGGAGCCCGAUUUGACUGUGCAGAUAUCGGAAAUGACCUCAGAGGAGGUGGUUUCUCCCACGCAAAGGCAUCAACGCAGGACUUCUAUAGAGUUAAAGAGACGACCUUCGUUGUCCUCCAAAGAAGGAACAAGCUUUGAAGCUUCGGGAGACACUACAAGCCCUCAGGUCAGCGACGAGAAGAAGGUUCAUCGAGAUUGGAGCGACUUUAAAAUUUGAUGACUCCUCCUGCUGUCCCGCAAGAGGCAGCCAUCAACCCUGAAAAAGCACACCAGGUCAUCUUAUAAUAGGGAGGAAUAUGGAAUAAUUUGUCCGAACCCCCGCUGGGCUCUCUCUCCUGAGUAUUCCCUCCUCUCAGCGUAUUCCAAGGACUCUCCAACCGUUUCCUACCGGAACAUAUUUAAGGACUCAAUCCACUUCUGCAACAAAUGGAACAGAGCACAUAUUUGUUCUCCUUUGCUGGCUUUUGGGACGUAUUGCCUUUUACAUACCUGUGGCCGAGACUGUCUGUGUGAUUGCUACUGACUACAGUAUGCGUUGUUUACUGGACGAUCUGCGUUCAAGAAAGACGCUACUAUAGAUAGAUAUGCAUUACCCUCCACCCAUUCAAUCAUGCUAACCGCACCUAUGAGAGAUAAUUCAGAUGGGACUAAACGGCAUGUCUGUUCUUCUGCACCGUCAUCAACACGCCCUCCUCUUCUGGCUUUACAGCAUCAGUCGCAACUCAUCUGCACACUGAGAACUGAACGGAAACUGGACUCGAACCAACAGAACAAUGGUGGCGAUCAGUCCCAACUGCGAGCACAAAUAUAGCUGUUACGUUAAGUUUAUUGGUCCCCUUUAU